GAUACACUCACGUGUGCACCAGUCAAAUGUGUAAUGCUGCAGUGGGCAGCCCACCACCACUACCGAACAGCUGCAAACGGACUGGGCGAGCCAGCUGCUGAAGGACCCCGCGCGGGAGCGAACAACACCUCGGCUCUGACGCCCCAUCUCAGUGCAGCCCCUGUAUUUCCUCUUUCACUCAGAGCCCCUCUCGCUUUAUUCCCCCCUUCCCCAGUCUGGGUGUUUCCCUCCCCCACUUUACUCUCCAACCCUAAAACCUCCAUUCCCUCUUUCCACCUUCCCUCUUGUAUUUGUAUGUUUCCUUGCUUGGCAACCACCGGUUUCCCUCAGUCGAACGGCGCAGACUGUCCAUCGUUUGAAAUUAAUUUGUUUGACUGCAGCACCGAGACAGGAAGGUUGGGAAAUUUAUUUAAUUCCUUUCCCUCCCUGUGCAAAAGGAAGCGAUGAAAUUUCCAAUCGAGACUCCAAGGAAACAGGUGAACUGGGAUCCUCAAGUGGCUGUUCCCUCAGCCAUGCCAGCUUGUGAGCCCAAGACUAACGGGCACCAUCCAGCUCCACGACUCUCUGUUUCUUCCCGUACCACUGUGGUCGCCACCAUGGAAACCACCUCUCAGGGCUUGCAGACAGUCAUGAAGUGGAAAACAGUGAUGGCCAUCUUCGUUGUGGUUGUAGCUUACCUGGUAACUGGAGGUCUUGUCUUCCGUGCCCUGGAGCAGCCUUUUGAAAGCAGCCAGAAAAAUACAAUAGCCUCAGAGAAGGCAGAUUUCCUUCGGGAGCAUGUUUGUGUGACCCCAAAGGAGCUGGAGACUCUGAUUCAGCAUGCCAUUGAUGCAGAUAACGCAGGAGUCAGUCCCAUAGGAAACUCUUCUAACAACAGCAGUCACUGGGACCUUGGAAGUGCCUUUUUCUUUGCUGGAACAGUCAUCACAACCAUAGGGUAUGGGAACAUCGCCCCAAGCACUGAAGGAGGCAAAAUUUUCUGCAUUUUGUAUGCCAUCUUUGGGAUUCCACUCUUUGGCUUCUUGCUGGCUGGAAUUGGAGAUCAACUAGGAACCAUCUUUGGGAAAAGUAUCACAAGAGUGGAGAAAGUUUUCCGAAAAAAACAAGUGAGUCAGACAAAGAUCAGGGUGAUCUCCACUAUCCUCUUCAUCCUGGCAGGGUGCAUUGUCUUUGUGACCAUCCCUGCAGUCAUUUUCAAACAGAUUGAAGGAUGGACAGCCUUGGAGUCCAUUUACUUUGUGGUCAUCACUCUGACCACGGUUGGCUUUGGCGAUUUUGUAGCAGGGGGAAAUACUGAUAUCCAUUAUCGGGAGUGGUACAAACCCUUAGUCUGGUUUUGGAUCCUCGUCGGCCUUGCCUACUUUGCUGCUGUCCUGAGUAUGAUUGGAGACUGGCUAAGAGUUCUAUCCAAGAAGACAAAAGAGGAGGUUGGUGAAAUAAAAGCCCAUGCGGCUGAGUGGAAAGCCAACGUGACUGCUGAGUUCAGGGAAACCCGGAGGCGGCUCAGCGUGGAGAUCCAUGACAAACUUCAGAGGGCAGCCACCAUUCGGAGCAUGGAACGUAGGAGACUAGGGCUGGACCAGAGGGCCCACUCACUGGAUAUGCUCUCUCCGGAGAAGCGCUCUGUCUUCGCUGCCUUGGAGACGAGACGCUUCAAGGCCUCAUCUCAGGAAAGCAUCAACAACAGACCUAACAACCUGCGCCUUAAAGGGACAGAACAGCUCAACAAGCAUGGGCAGGGGUCAUCUGAGGACAACAUCAUCAACAAGUUUGGCUCCUCGUCCAAGCUGACCAAAAGGAAAAACAAAGACCUGAAAAAGUGCAUCCCCGAAGAUGUGCGGAAAAUUUAUGAGACCUUCCGACACCUCUCCUUGGAUGAAGAGAAGAAGGAAGAGGAAACUGAGAAGAUGUGUAACUCAGAGAGCUCUUCUAGCACAGCUAUCCUGACUAACUGUAUUCAGCAACACUUCGACCUGGAAAAUGGAACCAUCCCCACUGAAACCAAAGAAAGGGAACAUGAAAACAAAACGUUACUUGAAGACAGAAAUUAA